AUGACUACAUCAAUAUCUGCCGCUACUUUGUCACCAGACGAACAGCUAUUUGCAUAUUCACUACCUAGCUCACUCUUAUUAUCCCCAUCCUUAUCGAUGAAACUUCAUACAAUGCUCUCGACUGAUUUAUCGAUUCUAGUCAACAACCCAGAAGACGCAGACGUAAUAAUAAAAUGUGGGAAAGAACAAGUGCGAAUAUGGGGUCAUUCGUUGAUAUUAAAAGCACGAUCGAGUUUCUUCAAAGAGGCUCUUACGGAGGAAUACUUACUGUCCGAGGACUUGUGCACGGUUGUUGAGAUUGGAAUGGAGAAAGAAAUUGUUGAGCUUUUGGUUGGAUACUUAUAUACAGGCACUAUUAUAAAACCGCUUCCCUCAAAUAUUGUCCUUCCUCUCCUCGUUGCAGCUAAAUGCUUGUCAAUAGACGAACUCGUAGAUCCCUUCCAAACACUAUUAACAACUAACUAUCAACAAUGGUCAAAAACAAACUUUGUAUCUGUUCUUUCUUGUGUACAUUUACAUCCUGAAUUUGAGAUUCUAUCUCAGUAUGCGGACGAGCUCUUGCGAACGAGACCAGAACUAUUGUUCAAAUCGGAAAAAUUCACAGUGUUAGAGGAAGACGUACUACUCAACAUAUUACAGCGGGGUAUAGCGAAUAUCAGACAGACAGAGUUAUGGGAUUCCAUUUUAAAAUACUCUAUUGCGAAUACGCCAGAGAUACAACAUCUUGUAAUAUCAAAAUCCAUUUACGAUACAUCUCAGUGGUCCCCGUAUCAUUUCAAGUGUCUGAAACGGACUCUCGACAAAUUUGUUGAAUUUGUAAACUUUCAAGCGAUCCCCCCCGCAGAAUUUAAGAAAAUACAUCCAUUCUUAUUUAUACUUCCACAACAUGUGUCUCAAGAAGUUGUCAAACUUAAAAUCGAUUCGGCGGCAAUGUCGCAGAAGCAGGCAAAUUGGUUAGCCGAGAGGAUCCUUAGGGGACGAAGGAGUCAGAGGUCAAAAGACGUUGAAGAGGAUAAGGAAGGAAUGGGAAGUGAUGCAAAGGAUGAAGAAAUACAAAACAUCGGCAACACUAAUGACGACGUUAACGACAUAGAAAUUCCUUCUUCUCCUCUUCCUACCUCAUCUGUGUUUUCAUACAAAAAAUCCGUCAUCAAGAAACUCUCACUUCGUAAUCCUUCCAUUUCCAUACCUUCCCCCUCCCCUACCACUACCGUCUUCCCACCGAUCCAGCCAAUUUCUCCAAAAGGCUCCCGGGUCCAUUUUCGUCUCCUGGUUCGUGGUUCGCGGGACGGAUUCACGCCGCCUGUGUUUCAUCAACGAUGUGAUAAUAAAGGACCAACAGUAACGGUAGUAAGGGUGAAAGGCACGAACGAGGUGAUAGGAGGGUAUAAUCCAUUGUCUUGGCGCAAGGCAGAUUACAGAGUCGGGUGUUUUCAUCCAAGCGAUGAGGCGUUUAUUUUUAAUUUCAAUGAGUGGAAUGGUGAGGCAUAUGAGACGGAAGAGGAAGAGAGAAAAGACGAGGAGGUUAGUCGAGGUGAAACUGAGAAUUAUGGAGUGAGAGGUGAGAAGAAACGAACUUUCGGUGAUGACGACAGACUCCAACCCAUAUAUGAAUAUUCCACUCCACCAUCGUAUGAUUCCCUAUUGUUUCAUCCUCUGCUUCCUCCGACCCCCACAUCUUCAUCUUCUCCGUCUCCGCCUCCAUCUCUAACCACAAUCAAUUCAUUGCCAAUCAUAUCCUAUCCGGUGGUUCCAAAAAACGCGAUUGUCUGCAAUAGUUUAAUGGGUCCACACUUUGGUUAUUCCGAUCUAAGUCUACAAGAAAACUUUCGUUACGAUAAGCGGUGCUAUUGUAAGCGGGGUAGUUAUGACAAGGCGAUUCGAGACGAUGAUGGGUUCUUUAGUGUUGAUGAGUAUGAAGUUUUUCAAGUCGUUUGGGAAGAUUGA